CACACUACAUAGUGAUGUAACCCGGUGGUACGAGACAUGCUUUUGGGAAUAAAAUAACUAACAUCGAGUAAUAUAAGACGACAACAACAACAACAACAACAGGAGAAGUAACAGGCUUGGACAGGAGGAACACAGAGAUGGCUGUGCUGUACCGUUCACCUUCACUGCAGAGCAGCGAGCUCCUGGCGCUGUACGGACGAGAAGCGGACCCUUACAGAGGAAGAGACCGGGGCCCUGGCUAUGAGGAGUAUGAUGUGGAUUCAGAGGGCAGCGAGGAGGAGAGAGACGACAUGCGGAGCGCUCUCUCUCUGGAGGAAGGAUACGGCGUGGAGAGAGGGGAGCGCUCAGGCCUGGGACGUGUCUACUUCUCCAAUCAGGACUACUACCAGAGGCUGGAGCAGCUGCAGAGAACCCACCUGAGGAACAUGGCUGAGCUGGAGAAGAUGUAUAUCUGUAAAAGGUCAAAGGUCAACAAGAAGGACGAUGAGGAGGAGUAUGAGGAGGACGAGUGUUUGGAGAGAGACGGCAGAGACAUACAGGAUCUCCAACCCAGUGUCACGUGGGAAAGCCAGAGCUCUGGCUCUAUGCCAGUGAGGCGACUGCAGAGAAUCCUUUCAGACGAGGAGCUGAACUUCCACGAGGAGACGUCAGGCGACGUGUCUGACCAAUCAGGAGACGGUGUUGACGUGUCUGACCAAUCAGGAGACGGUGUUGGUGGAGACGGAGAAGAGGAGGAUAACCAUUAUGAACUGCUGCUGGAAGAGAGAGAAGAGGACAGCCACAGCCCCAGGGCCUGGAGAAGGAAGGACAAACCCCUCAGGAACAGUCUCAGGGACAGUCAGUCCUGCUGUCCAGAGAGUGUGACCACCACCACCACCACCGCCCCAGCCAUCAGUCAUCAUCUAGGAGCCAGCUCCAGAUCCAGCUCCAGCUGA